AUGGUUGAUACAGACUCAGAUACAGAAUUAACACUUUCAGCACAUGCAUUAGCGGCUUUACAAGAAUUCAAGCAAGAAGAAAAGCAGCGUCAAGAAGAGUUCCAAAGUUUAUAUACAGCUGCUGAUGAAAAAUUCGAAAAACAAAACUUGAAAGGAAUGGAGUUGUUUAAAGAAGAUUGGCAGUUGUCCCAAUUUUGGUACAGCGAUGAAACUGCCGACUUAUUGGCAGAUGCGUUACUAGAAGGUGCAGACGAAGAAACUGUGGUUGCGAUUGUUAGUGCACCAUCUGUUUUCGCUUCAAUUAAAAAGAAAGAUCCAGCUACUUUGCCCACAAAGAAGAUAUAUCUUUUCGAAUACGAUAAGCGGUUUGAAGUAUUGGCAGGAAAAGACUACUUCUUUUACUAUGACUAUUUUAAACCACUAGAUUUUAAUGAUAAGCUGAAAGGAAAAGUGCAUAGAUUGUUGAUUGAUCCUCCAUUUUUAACGGAUGAUUGUCAAACAAAAUCAUCCAUCACUGCCAAGGCAUUAUUGGUCUCGGAUAAGGCACAAAAAACGAAAACAGGUGCUUUGAAAUAUCGCUUGGUGUCUUGUACGGGAGAAAGGAUGAAAAAUGUAAUAUCCAGGGCUUAUCCUGAUACACAUAUCACCACAUUCCAUCCAGAGCAUGCCAAUGGAUUAUCCAAUGAGUUUAGAUGCUAUGCUUCGUUUGAAUGGGCCAAAUGGAAAUUCGAAUGCGAUUAA